AUGGUGAGGUCCACGUGGAUCGCGAUCGGGUCGGGUGGACCCAGGCAGUCAGGGACGGCCGGGGGAUUUGACGACAGGCCCGGUCAGUGGACACUCGGUAACACCAAAAAGGCUCAACCUCAAAAAGGAGUAGAAAAGCCUCUCGGUCGUUACUUGGGGUGCUCAGAAGAGAGAGACCCGGGUGAGGUGGGGACGGUGAGUCUAUUUCUGAUAUUUCUGCGUUUGAACUUUGCCAGUCCUUCAAUUGGUUUCCCCUCGUUUGCUCUGGUACAACCAGACUUCCAGCUGGCUUGCAUGCCGACGCUCACCUAUCUCUGCAUUAUCUGUGGGUCUUUUGGCCCAAUUGAUGCUGACCUCUCACGACUCAGCAUUGGUUCUAUCAAUAAUGCUUCCUGCCAGUUUUUUCUGGAGCGUGUGGCUGGGUAUGGGUAUAGCGAAAUCAGCUUUUGGCCCUUUUUGCUUCAUUUUUAUUUCAUGGGACGAUUGGCUAACAUAAAUAUAGAGUUGUAUCAAACGAGAAAAAGGCGCAAUGUCUACCUUUGCGUUACUCUCUCUACCUAGCAGUUGUCGGAGUGUUUUAGCACGUAACUCGGGUACACUCCCUCAUCUGUAUAGAAGAGCUAGGACUCGUACACCAAAUCUCCUCGCAAAUACCAAUAUACGGCAACAAAAACUUGCCUAUCCUCUCAAAUGUCAAAAAUCCAUACACCAUUCAGCCAUCAGAGCAAUUUCCACCACCAUUCAAAAUCCAGAAACCAUGAAUUCUACCACAUCAAGCCAGGUUCUGACGCCCUACACACCACCAACGACCGGUGUGAUCUCUAUCCUCCCUUCAUCAUGGGUCCCUUAUGCUGAGCUCGCCAGACUCAACAGUCAGACUGGAACCCAUUAUCUCUUUUUCCCCUGUCUCUUCUCCACACUUCUUGCUGCCCCCCUCGCCGUUCCGAUGGCCUCCCCGCUUUCGGUGCUGGGAACAUCUCUUCUCUUCUUCAGCGGUGCUCUCAUCAUGCGAGGAGCAGGCUGCUCAAUCAACGAUCUCUGGGACAGAAAUCUCGACCCCCAUGUCACACGAACAAGGCAUCGACCCAUUGCUCGCGGGGCACUAACGCCCUUCAAAGCAUUAGCUUUCACUGGAGCACAGCUUCUUACCGGUCUUGGUAUCCUCCUCCAGUUCCCAACUUCCUGUCUCUUUUACGGAAUUCCGAGUUUACUUUUCGUCGCGACGUAUCCCCUCGCCAAAAGAGUGACGCAUUAUCCACAGUUCGUAUUAGGAAUUACUUUUUCCUGGGGUGCUAUCAUGGGAUUUCCCGCUCUCGGUGUGGACAUGAUGCAAAAUUCUGCGGCGUUGGCGGCUGGUUUUUUCCUCUACACAUCUAAUAUUGCUUGGACAGUUUUGUAUGACAUGAUUUACGCGCACAUGGAUAUCAAAGACGAUGCCAAAGCUGGAAUCAAAAGUAUUGCCUUGAGACACGAUUUACAAACCAAGCAAAUUCUGAGCGGUUUGGCUGUAACUCAAGUUGGUUUGUUAGCAGCGGCUGGAGUUACAGCUGGUGCAGGACCUACUUUUUUUGUUGGAGGCUGUGGUGGUGCUGCUAUCACGUUAGCUGUCAUGAUUAAGAAGGUUAAUCUCAAAGAUGUCAAGAAUUGUUGGUGGUGGUUUGUUAAUGGGUGUCUACUCACUGGAGGUGUGAUCUCUACGGGGUUAGGCCUGGAUUACAUCAUGAGGUAUACAGCUUGGGAGCAGAGGUUGAGCGAAGAAAAGCAGGCGGUUUGA